AUGGCCUCAGAACAGCCAGUCGAAGCCGCCCCAACGGGCGGUUCUCUCGCCGAUCGCAUCACGAAACCCGAUGAAUCAAACACUUCCGAAACACCUGCGCCCGCAGCCGAUCAGACAGAUGGCGCUCCCGCGCAACUUGGUGGCUCCGACCUCCACGAGCCGGAGUACAACGUUGAAGUCAAGCUCAGCGAUCUACAAGCCGACCCCAACAAUCCACUCUACUCUGUCAAGAACUUUGAGGACCUUGGACUCGACCCUCGAAUUCUGAAAGGGCUGUCGAACAUGAACUUCCGCAAGCCUUCGAAGAUCCAAGAACGCGCCUUGCCCCUACUGUUGAACAACCCUCCCAAGAACUUGGUCGGCCAAUCCCAGUCCGGCACCGGAAAGACAGCCGCUUUCGUUCUGAACGCUUUGAGUCGUGUCGACCUGUCGACGGAGCAAAUGCAGAAGACCCCUCAGGCAUUGAUUUUGGCCCCUACGCGAGAGCUUGCCCGUCAGAUUCUCGGCGUCGUCCAAGUCAUGGGUCAAUUCGUUGAUGGACUCAUCAUUGGCGCAGCUGUCCCGACCGAUAGAGACAGCCGUCCUAAAAGACUGGAGUGCUCUAUUGUCGUUGGCACUCCUGGAACCGUAGGGGACAUGAUUAAGAGGCGUACCUUUAUUCCCAACAAGCUCAAGGUGCUCGUUCUUGACGAGGCGGACAACAUGCUCGACCAGCAAGGUCUCGGCGAUCAGUGCAUCCGUGUUAAAGCUCUUCUGCCGCGGGAUAUUCAGGUCGUCCUAUUUUCAGCCACUUUCCCAGAACACGUUCAUCAAUAUGCGUCGAAAUUUGCACCUAAUGCGAACGAGAUUACACUUCAGCACGAAGAAUUGACUGUUGAGGGAAUCAAGCAGCUCUACCUUGACUGUGCGGAUGGAGAGGACAAGUACAAAACCCUUGUUCAACUUUAUGGACUGCUUACAGUCGGAUCGUCCAUUAUUUUCGUCCAGACUCGUGCAGCAGCUCAAGAAAUCGAGAAGCGAAUGACGGCUGAAGGACACACUGUUGUAUCAUUGACUGGUGAGAGGGAUCCCUCAGUGCGAGACGCAAUCAUCGAUCAGUUCCGCAGAGGCGAAGCCAAGGUCUUGAUCGCGACCAAUGUUCUUGCCAGAGGAAUUGACGUUUCCACUGUCUCUAUGGUUAUCAACUAUGAUAUCCCAGAACUCCAUCAGCCCAGCGUACCUGGACGACAGGCAGAUUUCCAGACUUAUUUGCACCGUAUCGGUCGUACGGGUCGUUUCGGUCGUGUCGGUGUCUCUAUCUCGUUUGUGUCGAACCGCGAGGAAUGGGAAAUGCUCAACCAGAUUCAGACAUACUUUAACUGUGAGAUUCAGCGCGUUGAUACCAAGGACUGGGAUGAGGUGGAGGAUAUUAUUAAGAAGACCAUCAAGAACUCGCGCGCCAACCCAAAAUUCGCCGGUGGGAAGGAAUAG